AUGGCUCUAGAGUUGUUUCCCACUCCAUCUCUCGAUAGACCUUUUGGCGUGCACCUAUGGCCGCACUUCAGCAAGGCCUUCGAACUGGUCGCAGGUUACCCUGCCGAUGAAUUCCAGUUUGUUCUGGGGACAACACCGAUGUCAACACUCAGGGAGACAUCGAUCUUUGUGGCUGUUUAUUAUACAAUUCUCUUUGGAGGCCGUGAAGUGAUGCGAAACCGAGCACCGUUCCCAUUGAGGUCGCUAUUUCGAAUUCAUAACGUCUACCUCACCGUUCUUAGCGCCAUUCUGCUCGCGCUUUACAUCGAGGAGCUUGUUCCUACCGUCUUCCGAAAAGGCAUUUUCUACGCCAUAUGUCAUCGGGACGGUGGCUGGACGAACCACCUCGUUGUUCUAUACUACUUGACAUAUUUAACUAAAUACCUCGAGCUUCUCGAUACCAUAUUCUUAUUUCUCCAGAAAAAGCCUUUGACAUUCCUCCACUCGUACCACCAUGGAGCGACUGCCGUUCUGUGCUACACCCAGCUGAUCGGUAACACGGCUGUUUCCUGGGUCCCCAUCACGCUAAACUUGCUGGUUCAUGUGGUCAUGUACUGGUACUACUUCCAGAGUGCUCGUGGCAUCCGCCUUUGGUGGAAGGAGUGGGUGACCCGUCUUCAAAUCAUACAGUUUGUCAUCGAUUUGGGCUUCGUCUAUUUCGCCUCUUAUACCUACUUUACCUCGACACAUUUUCCCUGGAUGCCGCACGCAGGCCACUGUGCGGGAGAGGCGUUUGCCGCGUUUGCCGGUAUUCUCGUUCUCAGCUCCUACCUUGCUCUCUUCCUCCUGUUCUACUUUGCCACCUACAGCAAGGACGGCAAGCCUCCCAGUACCCGCCGAACUCUCCGACGCAUGUCCCAAGCGGAGGUAAACCCCAAGGCGACGGGCAUCCAGACCGACAAUGCCUCGGUUCGAGCUCGAAAACGUCAGGUGUAA